ACUUUUUGCCCACCCCUGGUCUAAACUGUGAAAUGGGAAAACCAGACUUCUAUGCAAAAACCUAAACUGCAAUUUUGGUAAUGGCAAGUUGUUUCAUAGUAUUUCAGAAAAUGAUCCACAGUCUGUUUCUUAUAAACUGUUCUGGUGAUAUAUUCUUGGAGAAGCACUGGAAGAGCGUUGUGAGCCAAUCUGUGUGUGAUUAUUUCUUUGAAGCUCAGGAAAAAGCAGUCGAUGUUGAGAAUGUCCCCCCUGUCAUCUCAACGCCACACCACUACCUCAUCAGCAUCUACCGGGAUAAAAUCUUCUUUGUGUCUGUUAUACAGACAGAAGUGCCACCACUCUUUGUAAUUGAAUUCCUGCACCGCGUCGCAGAUACUUUUCAGGAUUAUUUUGGUGAGUGUUCCGAGACCGCGAUUAAGGACAAUGUGGUUAUUGUAUACGAGCUUCUAGAAGAAAUGUUAGACAAUGGCUUUCCACUGGCAACAGAAUCAAACAUCUUGAAAGAAUUGAUUAAGCCUCCCACAAUUUUGCGCUCUGUCGUCAACUCUAUCACAGGCAGCAGUAAUGUGGGAGACACACUUCCUACUGGACAGCUCUCCAACAUUCCUUGGCGCAGAGCCGGGGUAAAGUACACAAACAAUGAAGCCUAUUUCGAUGUCAUUGAAGAAAUAGAUGCAAUUAUAGAUAAAUCAGGUUCCACAGUCUUUGCAGAAAUUCAAGGUGUCAUUGAUUCCUGCAUUAAGCUGUCAGGAAUGCCAGAUCUUUCUCUCUCUUUCAUGAAUCCAAGGUUGCUGGAUGAUGUCAGCUUCCAUCCCUGCAUUCGUUUCAAACGCUGGGAGUCUGAAAGAGUCCUCUCGUUUAUUCCUCCAGAUGGAAACUUCAGAUUGAUCUCCUACCGUGUUAGCUCACAGAACUUAGUGGCAAUUCCUGUGUAUGUGAAGCACAUGAUAAGUUUUAAGGAGAACAGUUCUUCAGGGAGAUUUGAUGUUACAAUUGGACCUAAACAGAAUAUGGGGAAAACAGUGGAAGGAAUUGUUAUGACAGUCCACAUGCCAAAAGCUGUACUUAACAUGAAUCUUACCGCCUCACAAGGCAGCUAUACAUUUGAUCCAGUCACUAAAGUCUUAACAUGGGAUGUUGGCAAAAUUACCCCUCAAAAGCUGCCAAAUCUGAAGGGCAUCGUGAAUCUGCAGUCUGGAGCCCCCAAGCCAGAGGAGAAUCCCAGCCUAAACAUUCAGUUUAAGAUACAACAGCUAGCUAUUUCAGGGUUGAAAGUAAAUCGCCUGGACAUGUACGGAGAAAAAUACAAGCCUUUUAAAGGUGUCAAGUACAUCACUAAAGCAGGCAAAUUCCAAGUGAGGACAUGAGAAGGUGCCCAACUCCCAACAGGAAAUAAGAACAUUUUUCUUUUUUAAGUUGAAAAUUAUGACUGCUUAGUGACUUAAGUUGCUGUUAGGUGCUGGUUGAUUAAUAAGACACACUGACUAGUUUGUGCACAGCAGCUAUUCAAAUUGAAGUAUCAUUUGUUUUUUCUUAAAUAUGGCUUUAAAAUCGGAUGACUUUUUCUAACAGUUUCACUUUGUUUUUUUUAAUCAGUCCUUGGAUUCAAGAAUUGUUUUAGGAUGAAGUGGUCCACAGUCUGCCAUGAAAAAUACACUGCCAAAUAAGAUACCAAAGCCAGAAGGCUAAGCACAGGCCCUGCAGGCACACUGGAAACUCCUGUGGCCGCACACCUCAUUGCUGCAGCACUGGGAGAACGCUACACCAUCCUCACUGCCUGCCGCAAGUUCACAUUCCACAGCACAUCACGUGUUAGCUUCAGAAACAAAACGCAGCAGUGAGAAUGGGUAGUGGUUCCAGCCAAGCAUGAGUCAAAUUCAUCACUCCCCAGAGAGAUUUUUCUGAUAAAGAAAAAACUGUUUCUCAUGUUUACAAGGUACCGCCUUUCUUACAGAGUCUUUGCCUUAAUCAGCUUUCAUUUGUGCCAUCAGCAAGUGAGCUGAUCAAAUAACUUUCUGCAUCAAAUCCUGGGAAUGAUGGUUGCUUCAUUGAUUCACCUUGUUUCCAUUUCUCAUCUUACUUUGUAUUUUUUUAUAAAUCCAGUUGCAGAGAGGAAGGUCUAUUUUUAUGUCAAGCCUUAGCUUUGAUUUACACGUGCCACUUCUUUGAAGUGAAUGUUGCCAGACUUGUGUGCCACGUGUAUGUUGGAUUGUAGCUUUUAGAUAGCAACAUAGAAGAUGUCAAAUGUAAUUUAAAGGUUGUGUGCUUUAUUGUAACAAAAGAAUUAAAGGGAACUCUACUGCAAAUGCA